AUGAGCAUUCAAGCCUAUGAGAUAACCAUCCUGGGCGCCACAGGAUGGACCGCCACAAUCUGCGCAGAGCACAUUGCCAAGACCUUCCCAACAAACGCGAAGUGGUGCAUUGCAGGUCGUUCAGCCGCAAAACUUGAAGAUCUGCGCCAAGGCCUACGGGCCAUCAAUCCAGACCGACUGGAGCCAGCAACUUACGUUAUCUCUCAACUCGACGCUGAAGCAUGUGCUCGUAAUGGUACCCAUUAUGCCGACUUUAGCACCGAGACUGCAUGGAUAGCAGAAAUGAUUCGUGAUUGCCACGAGAUGGCCAAAGGUUCAGGUGCGAUUAUCAUCCCGGCUAUCUCGGGAUCAAGUGCUCCAUCUGAUCUUCAAGGCUUACCUGCAGCAUCUGAAAUCGUAUGCUCUGGAAAGCUCAGCAUGUUUGGGAUGCAGGGUGGUUCUCUACAUACCGUUCUUGACGUGGCCGAGACCUACGGGAUCAGUGGCUGGUUGACUUCUGACACCUCGGUCCUGUUGCCAUUUCCCAAACAUGAGGUCAAGAAGAGAAAGGGACUCAUGGGUCAUCGUUACGAUCAACAUCUUGGGCAUUUGGCAACAUCCUUCGUUGCGUGGGGUAAUGAGUCCGUCGUUCAACGAUCAGCAGCCUUGGGUCCGAUGAUUUACGGACAAAACUUGGUGUUCAAGGAGUACAGCCCAGCCACUGGCCUCAUCUCUGCGCUACUCAUGCACAUCGUCACAAAACUGGGCAUAUUCUUGCUUGCAGUGCCUUGGUUCAGAUCCUUCGCUCGUGGCAAGUCUUUCAAUCGAGGAUCUGGACCAGACAGAGAUGAAAGCCGCAGAAUUGAGAGCGCGGAAUGGAAAGCAGUUGGCUAUGUGACUGGCAAGAAAGAACCAGUGGCGUUUGCAAAGUUCAGCUACAAGGGAGCGCUGGUUGACAUGGCGGCAAUUUUAGCCGUAGAGGCUGCAGCGACACUCAACAGCUUGGAUAAUGCUAAGACUACUGGUGCUGGAAUAUUGACGCCAUCAACAUUGGGUAUCACAUUUGUGGACCGACUUCGGGCAGCGGGUUUUGAUCUCAUGGUUGAUGUACUUGAAAGGCAUUGA